UGGCUGCGACGAGCCAAAUUUAUUUGAUUAUCGAAUCGAUUGUGAUCAAACUGUCAAAAAUUUUAUCGAUUCAAAUAUAAAUGGGGGUGUGAUUUUUCCAUAUCAUCUAUUUUUUUCGAAUAAAUUUUUAUUAAUUUAUUCGAAAUCGUAUAAAGUGAACAAAAAAUUAAUUUGGCACAACCACAGCAACGGUUGUGAUAUAAUUAAAAAUAAAUAAUACACAUUCGUAGUAGAUACGUAAAAAGAUAUGUGCGUGAGAAAAAUUUUUGAGAACGAGGGUCUGCAGGGCAUCGAUAAAACGUUUCUCACCGGUGCCGUUAAACCUCAAGAAGAAAAGCAAAUGCAACCGGAUAAUCAUUACGAUGAAAAAUUACUCAAGGCUAAAGAUCAUUACAUAAAACGGCAUGAAGAAAUGUUAAAACGAGAAGCGGAAAUCGCUAAAGAAAAUGAAAUGAUUGAACCGGAAAUACAGAGCGAUAUUCUCGCCAAAUCCACCACCUACUACAUUCGCUUCGUUAAGCACAUCUCGAAGUAUAGCAUCAUGUGGAAACAGUCUCAGGCGUACAAAAUUCUUUUCUACACGACGCAACCAGCUCACGUAAUAAUGAUUGCCGCUGUUCUUUGCGUGACGUCUGCUCUGGUUCCAUCAACGGAACGUACCAAUGGAGCCGGUCAUCCACAUUCCCCCACCGCUUCCUUCAUUUAUCUCACUUCUUUUAUAAUGCACCUGGGUGCACAGAUCUGGAUGACUUUUGUGUCAGGACUUUCCCUCUACUUUGCGCUACCGAGACACACAUUUGGAGAAGUACAACGUAUUCUGUUUCCAAGAUAUUUUACCAUGAACGCUUGUCUCAGUCUAGUGACUCUCCUGAUAUUUGUCAAACAUCAUCCAACCAACACUUGGGACUUGGAAAUUGCAAUUCAGGUCAUAGCAAUGACAGCAGCCUUUUUCUUGGAGCUAUUGAUACGUUUAUACAUGACGCCACCACUCUUGCGCCUGAUAACAGCUAAACUUGUUCUUGAGCGCACAGCAGGAGUUGGGACUGAAAUUGGUCGGCAUAAUGCAGGUCCUCUGAAGCACUGUCCACACUACUUGAUGGUUCACAGUAAUUUCCGUCGUGUUCACAUAUCCAUUGCUAUGGGUAACAUGGUGACUAUGGCCUGCACAGUUCUUCAUCUCCACUACAUUGCAAACAAAUUAUGUGUUGUGUAAUAAUUAUAUUAUUAUUAGCCCUGCUGGAGUAGAGAAAUAUCGACAUAUGAAAAGUAUAUUGGCGUAGAACUUUCGCAUAUGUGUCGCUUACUAGUUUAUUGUAAACUUUCUCAGAUAUCAAGCUUCUAUCGAAAGCUACGGGUGUGACCAACUUUAUCCGAUAUAUUGAAUGUAAAUACAAUGUACGCAAAUAUGACAGCGAUGAGACUGACGGUGAAAAAAAGUAAACUCUACGCGAUUUUAGAAAAGUAACUGUUGAGGUUUCAAUCUCAAAACGUAGGUGACAAUUUGUUUUAGUUCAGGUUUCCUGAAUACCCCUUUUGCAGCAUUUCAAUUUUACUUAUCACGUACUUUUGCGAUCAUGUAUAGUACAUUGUAUGAUUCAAUUAAACUACAAUAUCUUCUUGUAAUUCUGCCAUGCUACAGCAGCAUACCAGUCUUUGAUUACAAGUUCAAAUAAUUGUACAUCUGGGCAUGUUCUCUUAUCAUAGAACGUGCCAUCAGACGUAUUCGUACGAUUAUUAUUUCACGGCAGAAUCGAUUCUGUAAAAAAUUGUUUGUGACGGAUGCUACAUGAACAAAGAAUUUGUUGAAUAUAAAUGCUACCUUUUAUUUUCAGGAUGCUUAUCAUUUGGCAACAAAUAAUUGAUCCUGAGGAUAAUUUUCAUCAGAGGUAGCAAAACAUUGCACUAUAUUUUUGCCAAUACAUGACUGUUAGGUAGAUAUGUUUGACUGUCAAUGAAGUAUCAUUGACAAAGAGCAAAGAAAUGCUGUACUGAGACUAGAUCACUUUCAGUUAGAAUGAUUAAUGAGCUAUAAUAAAAUAAAUAUCCUAUACUCAGUUGCCGCACUGCAUAAAAAUAUCACGACCCUGUUGAAAUAUGGCAUGAUAUUUUUUCCAAAAAUUAGAUGUGUAGAGAACAUCAAAGUUGUUUAAUCACAUUUAGUCAUAAAAUUAUGUGAAGCAAAUUACUCUGCAUCAGAGUAAGUGGUAUUUAUUGAUCUAAUAAUACUAAAAGUUUGUAGGAGCUUAAAAGUUUAUGAAUUUACUGUUAAGAGCUCCUUGAGCAAUAAUGAAUAUUGUUUUAUUUAGUGUAAUCAAAUUAAGCGUACGACGAUUCCUAAACGGUCAACACCUUUUCUGAAUUGCAUGAUUAAUCACAGACAAGAGCUAGACAGCUCUGAUAUAUCAUUAGGGUUGUCUGAUCCCUGAAUUAUAUUAUUAGACUGAUAUUUAAUUUAUAAUCAUAUAGCACUAAUUUUCAUUUAUGUAAAUAAUACACGGUUCCCUUCACAGAAUAAGUUAAAUUAUGGAUGCCCAAUUCGCUCAAAAAUAUAAUCAUUUCUUUUUUGAUACACUGUAAA